CCGGUGGCGUCAGUUAGGCUCAGAGACAAACCGAACAGCGCACUCAGACCUCACAGGACUUUUGGAUUGACUUGCAAGCGGACAGUACCGAACCCACCCAAAGCAGCUAGCAUGGCCACCACAAGCUCCUCAGGGCUGAGCAAGAAGAAGAAGAAUGCCCCAGGCCUGAUGGAUCAGAUCAACACCUUCUUCGGAGGGGACCAGAAGAAGAGGAGCAAGGGGUCAUUUCGGGGACACCUGUCCACGUCGCCCCAGGGAGCCUCUGCUCGCCGCAAGCCCAACGAGAGUGCAGUUGCACAUUUCUUCAGAAGCUUCGUCUCAUCCUCAUCUUCUCCUCGUCCUAAGUCCAAGUGGAGAGAUGUCUUGGGCUUGACCGCCUCACCGCGCGCGGAGAGUGCCAAGUCCCCGCUCAGACGCCGCAAAGACCAAAGCACCCUGUCCCGACUCUUCAACAUGUGAUGCGAUCGGCGGAAAGGAGGAGAAACCAAGGCCCGCCCUCCCCCUAAACGCUGGAGCACCAUCUUCUAAGAUCUCCUCCGACAACCAAGACCUGGAUCCACCUGAGACCGACGGGCCGAACCCAGGGCCGAGCGACGGAGAGGAGAGCUGCGUUCGGGAUGGACCUCAAGACCUCAACAAAGCCUAACCAUAAUGCUAACGCUAACUAACAACAACGCUUACCGUAGCGACGCAUCAGGCGUCGGAGGCUAACGCGGCUGCAGCUGCUCUCUGAGAUGAGUGGAAUUCAAACGUAGAAAACCAAACUUAAGCCAUGGUUGUUGUGUUUUCUUCUUCUUCUAAUCCUUAGGGUUAGUAGUGAAGAUUCUGUCUUUGUGUUCUGUGUUCAGCUCUGUGCGGUAACGCUAUAGCAAAUGUUGUGCUGUAAAUCGUGCUCCGUAGACCAUGUUCGUGAAUCGUCUUCAGUGUGACGGUGCUAGUGUCGUCUAAUGUCUACAUUCAGGUGUUUGUUUUGCUACCUGUACUCUGUUCCCUGUUGUUCACCUUCACUUAAGAGUAUAUGAGUGAUUGCGUUUUGUGUUUUUUUUUUUUUAUAAAGAUCACUCACAACUUAGUUUUUUUACUGUUAAUUGGUUUGAUUGUAUGUUUGUUUUGUUUUUGUUUGUACGUUUGUAUCUUGUAUCUGGAAGUGUAUUUGGAAUCACCUGUUUUCUACGACAAAUGUUUGAUGUGACAUAAUGCGAUUGAAAGAUUUGAAACUAUGCAAAAUGUAUCCACUCAAUAAUAUAUUAACCCACAUAUUUUUUGUAAGUCACAGUGUUUUGUAACUAACGAAACGAGUUUCACCUGUCAGCUUUUUGCUUUCGAGACUUUCUAGUGGAAAUAAAAAACGAAUGCCCUUCCGAAUUGCACUGUUAUUACAUAAUUUCCAAUGGUAUUUAUUUAAAUGAAGCCUUAUAAACUAAACUAAGCUAUACACUUACAAACAAAUCUAAGUAGUUAGUAUUUGAGCAUUGGUUUUAAUGACAUUCAGGUGGUUUUGAGGGAGAAUAAAGUCCAUGGUCGCUGAAGGUCAGAAAGCAAGUUGUUGAAAGGUCAAAGAGGGAAGGGCAUGUUUGUUUAGAUCCAUGGAUGUGGAAUUAGUAGUUGAUAUCAGGAGUUGGAUACUGAGAGAUAGAGACGCAUUUUGCUUGCAAAUAUCCUGGGGAAUUAUGUAUUUAUGUGUGCAUUGAUUAAUUGCAUUACCUCUCUUGUUUGCACACGGCCUACUUUUUCUGUUUGGUCACUGCAGUUGAGGGAGCAAUAAAAUCAUUAAGAAACAAA